AAACAUUGAACGAGAAAAAAGCAGAGAGAGAGAGAUGACGAUUUUGAAUUGAAACCCGCUCUACUCUCCAAUCCCACCACACCAAAUCCUUCAAAAAUGAAAACCCACCUCUAUAAUCAUAUCCUCUUUAAUACCCAGAUCUCAUUUCCUCUUUAAUAAGCAGAUCGCUAUUCUUCAGUUUGGCUCUGAUCAUCCUGCGAAUCCAUCGAUGUUCCCUGUUUCUUCUCGUAUCUUGUUUCCUGCAAAAUAAUUCGGUUCUCUCAGAUUGUUUGUUUCUCAUUCAAUUGUUAUAUUUUGGUUUCUCUUUCUUAUCAAAGUCUUGUCCCUUCUGGGUUGUUUUUCAAUCCUAUUUUCCCAUUGGCUGUUAUUUCUUUUCCUAAUUUGGGGUUAUUUUCCCAUUUCCAGCUUUGAUUCAAUUCAGGACUUUUUGUUCUUUUGAAGAUCUUUUAUCCGGCCAUCCCAUCAAUUCCUCCCAACUAUUACCGAUAUCUAAUCUCCCCAAUCCAAGUUUCUUUUAGUUCCCUGACAAUCCUUGCUGCCUUCCCUGCAAAAACCCCCAACUGGGUUCUCUUAUCCGUUGCCAAUGACAGGAAUUCAGAAAGACAGGGUGAGAUUCAAUGUCGGAGGUAAGAUAUUCGAGACAACCACAACGACUCUCGCCAUCGCCGGCCGGAACUCCAUGUUCGGAGCUAUGUUUGAUGACAACUGGAACCUGCGGCCCAACGAAACGGAGGAAUAUUUCAUCGAUCGUAAUCCGUCAUGCUUCGCCGUUCUCCUUGAUCUCUUGCGAACAGGAGAGCUGAACAUCCCUCCCAACAUGCCAGAGAGGCUACUGUACCGGGAGGCGCUCUACUAUGGCCUAAUUGAUCAUGUCCGAGCAGCCAGAUGGGGUCAAUUCGAUGGAAACAUGCUGAGGCUCGCCGGCUCUGUCGCGGGUCGAGCCCCCGGCGAUGGCACUGCAAUACGGGCAGGCCCUGAUGGUGGUUGCUGUGUUGCCCAUGGCAGUAUGGUGCAUGUCUAUAACUGGAUGCUUGAAGAAUAUCCACCUAUCAAUCUUGACUAUCAGAGAGUCAAUGAUGCUGGGUGGAUUGAUUCAGAUAAUAUAGUGAUUAGUGCUUGUGAAAGGUUAGGCAGGGGAGAUGGUGGGAUGGGUCUUUUCAGCUCAUCCUCUGGUGAUCUCAGAUACAAGUUUCAAGUGAGUCAUGAGAACCAGGUAAAGAGCUACACUGCUGGUGCUUUAAGCUUUAGUUCGGAUUACAAGAUUUUUGCAAGUUGUAAAGGUAGAAGCAAUGAGUAUGGAAUUGGAGUUUGGGACCAGGUCACUGGUAAACAGAUUGAUUUUUUUUAUGAAUCUCUGGGUUGGUCACUUGGAGAUGCUGACAAGCUUCAAUGGCUUCAAGGGAGCAACUGUUUGUUGGUAGCAACUUUGUUUCCUAGGAAGGACAACUGUUACAUUAGCCUGUUAGAUUUCAGAGAGAAAAAGAUGGUCUGGUCAUGGUCUGACAUGGGGGCUCUGAUAACUGUGGAUGAGAAGAGGGUUCGAGAUGCCAUAGCAAUGGAGGACACUAGUUCCAUAUGUGUUGUAAAUGAGUAUGAGGACUUGGGUUUCAUGGAUUUGAGGAGCACAAAUGGAAGCGUAAGAUGGAGCUCAAGGAGCAGGCUGACGAAAGGGAAGAUGACCGACGAACCCUGCUAUCCAAAACUGGCAUUGCACGAGGGCCAACUCUUUUCAUCCAUGAAUGAUAGCAUCUCUGUUUUUUGUGGGCAUGAUUGGGUAUUGACAUCCAGACUCCGAAGGAGCGAAGGAGGUUCUAUCUGUGAUUUUUCCAUUGGAGGGGAUAGACUCUUUGCUCUUCAUAGCGAAGAGAAUGUGUUUGACAUUUGGGAGACUCCACCUCCGCCAAUAAUGUGAUGAUGAUCUGAUUUUGGUUCUGCAAAUUGGUCCUCUGUAGUUUCUUUUGCAUUGUAGAGGAGGGUGUGUAGAUCAGGUAAAGGUAAUAAUAGGUUUGACAACUCACCAAGUAAUUUACUAGUUUAGAGCUUGAGUUUGUAUAUGGUGAGUUCAUAUUGAUACUAAAAUGAAUGAAUCUGAUUGGUUAAUUUACAGAAUUUAUAAGUAUUGAGAUUACUUGAACAA